AUGGAUGAACUUGGGGACUCCGUUCUCCAACAAGAUGCAGCGGCCCCCGCUUCGUCCACUUUUGCGCGCUGCGACCAGACAGCGACGGGAAGAGAGCCCUCUCUCUCUGCAUCCGUGCUGCAAGGAUCCCCUCAGAGAACAGGAGUGGACAUUUCCAGAAGAUGGGCAUCAGAAAGUCCACUCGCCUCUUCUUCCGCCGCGACGCUGUCGCUCUGUCCUGUUGACCAGAUCAGGAAAACAAGCAAACGGACUGGUUCUUCCCGAGGCGACGAUAGGGUCGAACGGUCAGUUCAGGAAUCCGCUUGGACUCCUUGUUCGGAGAAAAGUGAAGCCUCAGGUGCUGCGCAUGCAGGCUCACGCUCUCGGCACUCCCCCAUCUGUUCUGUCGUGUUCACUUCUCCGCCAGCUGCAGUUGCUCCACCCUCCAAGGCGUCUGCUGCGUCGGCUGUUUCUGGUCUGUGCCUCCAGCCGGAGGGGUCGACACCCGAGAGACUAAGAGUCGCGCAGGGAGCUGCUCCAAAGGUCUCGCCUCUAGAGGAUGGAAUUCCAGUGGCGACCGUGAAGCUAGCAGGGCUCGAGACGUGCCGUACUGACCAUCCCCACUCGCCUGCUGCUCCUCAGCUCGCUCCUCAGCAUCAGGCGCCAUCCGAAGAGCUCAAUGUAUCUGCGAGAUUGCACACGGAAACACGCAUCCAGGCGAACGACAUUUCUGUCUCGCAUGCGUCCGCUUCGGGGAGCCUACCUCCACUGCCUUCUGUCGCGUUUUUUCUACACCGUGCGGCAAGCACAUGCGCUCUUGCUUCGCAUGCAUCUUCGUCAGACGACGGCAGUGCUGCACGGCCGUCUGUGCAAGGAAUCUGUGGCCCUGAGAAGCCUAACGCCCGGCAGACGGGGUCGUCUGAACACGAGCUCUCUCCUUCUAUCUCGUCUACAUUAUCUGUUUCGAAUUCGGGUGCUUUGUCUCCGAGGAGAUCGAGAGGUUGUACAGCCUUUGGUCAAACCGGGACCUUUAUCUCGCCGCCGACUGCCUGCUCUUCGCGUCUUUCACCUCGCGGCGGUCGACAAGAGAGGCAGCUGGCUGGGACGAAAGGCGAGCUCACAGAAAUGGAGGCAGCGUUUGGAGCUGAGACGAAGACAGAGAGGGAGAGAGUGAGCGCGAGAGGGACCGAGAGGGAACUGGAAUUCGGCGACAAGCCAAUGGAGAUGACGCAAGAGAGCUGGCGAGUCGAGAGCGGAGAUGUUGAAGAGCGCGACUCGGGGGUCGAAAGCGAUUUGUCGGGAGAUGCACGUCAGAAAGGUGAGAAGACUGCAGCGGUGGCUACAGAGGUCCACCCGAUGCAGACAGACGCAGCUCCACGGCUUGGCGGAGGAACACGGCAGCUGCAUCAAGAGGGACAGCAUGUUAUGUCUUCUGGGGAAUGCCUCGCGGGCUUACUAUGGCCCAGAGACCAGCUGAGUCUAUCCGUCACCGCGUCGCGAACGGCCCGAGUUUCCUCAACGCACCAGAAAGAAAGCCUAGGCGAGGCAAGAGAAGAGAAACCCAGUGGACCUGAUACUCUUCAGCCGACCUCGAAGGAAGGCUUCUCACAAACAGCGCAGGACUCGGAACAGCUGUCUCCGGUUCACGUCGCCCCUUCUUCUCUGUCGGAGCAGUGCUGCCUCGGGGACCUGCUGUUUAUGUAUAACCUCCGGCACAGUUUUGCGGUGCCUCGAGAGAGCCAGCAAGACGCGCACCCAAUGUCUGUUUUCGGCCUGGGGGAGUUCAAGACGGGCGUGUGGGGCAAGGGGGGACAGGGUGGCCCCGGCGGGGGCGCUGGCGGCGCUUCUGGGCCUGGAGCCUCAGGCAUCGGGAAGAAGAAGAACGAGAACGCUUACUCCCUUCAGAGAGAGUUGCAGCAACAGCAAAUGGCCGUUCGCUGGCUGCUUAGUGUCACGGGAAAUGGAUCGUCAGAGACAUCCGCCACUGGGGCGCUGCCUCGCCGAAGCCGACUGGCAAGAAUGUCUCCAGUGUCGAAGGCGUUCGGCGCAGUCUCAGCAAAGCACGAGCCUGCCGGGCAGGCGGCCUCUGCUUUGUUUUCAGGUUCCUCUUCCUCCGCAUCUGCAGUUACGUCUGCGCCAGGCCUCCCUGGUGAUCAACGAGGACCAGAGGCUUGCGAAUCUACGAUGAAAAGAGAAAGAGCGGCUUGCGAAGAUUCAGGAGGGGUUCCCUCUGUUUCCUCUCACGGUCGGACAGGAUGGGAGCAGAAAAGCGAGCAGGCAGCGAUCCUGGGCGCCACGGGGCUGCGGAAGUGCCGGUACGUCGGACUGGAGAAUUUAGGUGCAACGUGCUACUUGAACGUGUAUCUACAGACGCUGUUCAUGAAUGUGCACUUCCGGGACUUCCUCCUUUCGCUUCCCACGCUCCGUGAACUUGAAGAAAUGGAGAGACAAAGACCCGCGGAGGCCAGUCGCCUUUCGCUCGCGCCCAGCACCCCAGAAACACACUCCCAGGUGCUGGCUAGACAGCCGAGAGAAGGACGGACGAGGCAGUACAGCCGGGGGGCGGAAGAUAAGAAGUCCCAGGCUGAGGAAAGCGACGAGACUGGAAGCCGCGACGCUGAGACGGCGGAUGGUGAAUUCCCAGAGAGUCCUGAGCCCAGAUGCAAGAUUGAAGAGAGAGAGACUCACAUGAAACAGGACGCAGAGGAAAGAGGGAGACCACAGGUAAAGGAGGAAAGUCCGAAAGAAUCGACAGGGGCCCGCACUGAAAAGACGGCGCUCGUGCCGAAAGAGAAUCCCCCCGAAGCCGAACGACUCGACGUCGCUCCUCCCUCGGCAACUUCUUCCGUUCCGGAACCCUUCACUCCCGUUUUCUCAGCGUCCUCUCCUGCCUGUCUCACGCAUGGGGGCGGCCGCGCCGAGGCGGUAGACCAGGAAAACCAGGCCGACAGUCGCGCCAGGUGGUGCAACUGGCGGGAGAAGGUCAAGGGCCAAGAUGUGUGCACCGUGUUGUGUAGCCAGCGGUACUCUCUGAUAUCUUCUCUUCAGACGAUUUUCGCCAAGCUGCAGGAAGGAAUCCAGGCGGCAGUUCGGCCGUCCGUCGUUGCAGAUCUCCUUGCAGAGGACCUGUCCUACCAGGAGGACGCGAACGAGCUGCAGCAUCGUCUCUUCGAGCUGUUAGAGAGCGAACUCGGCGGGCGAGAAAGUCCUCUUGACUUCCUCAGGGUCCUGUUUGGGGGCCGUUCCAGGCAGACAGUCAAGUGCAGCCACUGCAUGUACAGCGGCAACAAGGAGGAGUACUUCUUUCAACUUAACUGUUGCCACAAGAAGUCCCACCAGUCUGGCAAACACGAACCUGGAGACCGGAACAGUCGAAACUCCCCGGAAGAGACCGAAGCGUCGAGGUCUCCUUCUCUUCCGCUAUCUUCGUCGCCUUUCAGCCCGGAAGGAGACCUCGCAUCGCAGGAAGCUGACGACAGCCGCGCGGUGACCUCGCCCAAACAGGUCGCGGCUUCCACCUCGUCUCGCUGCGGCCCCUGUCCUUUGUCAUCUCUACCUGCUAGCCAGGGGGAGUCUCUCUCUUCCUCUCAAGAAGACAGCACGUGUGCGCCAGCGUCAGGUCCCGUCGACAGUGACGUAGCGGCUGUCUCAACUUCUCGUCCUGAGCAGAGCGAAAGCAAGAGGCACGGCCGAAGAGGCAAACGAGGCCCCCAGCGGGGCGCUGCCGCGUCAGCGCACACUGGCGCAGGGGGACAGCAAGGUGGGACGCAGGGCACUGCCGGCGGUAGGAGGCGAGAAGGACGAGACAGUUGUGAACGCAAGGGAGAAGCGAGUUCGACUUCAGCUCGAGGUCCCGGAAGAAAAGGUGUGAGUGCUGGGCAAGGACGGCGACCAGUUGACGAGAACAAAGGCGGUUGGAAACUCGAGGAAGACAUGGCGCGGCAGUAUCAGAGAACGGAGAACCUCCGCGGCGAUUCAGAGUACUUCUGUCCUCAGUGUGGAGAAAAGCGGGAGGCAAAGAAACGCAGUCAACUUUCACUUCUUCCGCCGUAUCUGCAGCUGGUUGUUCUUCGUUACAGCAUCGACGUGAAGAAGCAGACAGGCGAGUGGGUGAGGAGGAAAAUUCAUGAGGCGCUGGAGAUCCCUCUCGUCAUGGAUGUUCGUGGCUGCUGCACGGACGACUGCCAAAUAGGGCAUCUCGACGGCACCCUCUCCUCUUUAAGGGACGCUUCUCAUGCGGCUCACCAGUACCAUCUGUUUGGCAUUCUCGAACACCAAGGCGCGUCCGCCACGUCGGGGCAUUACGUAGCCAUUACAAGAGACCUGCGAGAAAGGGCAGCCGGAAGAAGCGAGUGCGCGGACGCGGCAUCAGUCGAUGACUCCAAGAAAACGUUUCUUGCUUCGUCUCUUUCGGAUGGAGAUGCUUCUGCGUCUCUCAGUCAGACGACUGAGGCCGCCUCGCCACUCCUUCCGCAAGACGAUGGAGAUCGCGUUCAAGGUUGCGUGUCUGUUGGAGACUGGCGAGAGGCGGCCCCUUUGGGAGAGGGGACAUUACCAAGACAAUUGGCUCCUUCUGGCUUGGAGUUCCUUGGUUCCCCUCGGGUGUGCCCAGGUCGCGGCGGUGAAGGCGGCGCACAGAAAGUGAAAGCAUGUGCACUGCCCGCUGAGGGAGAACGGCGAUCAGACGAAGACCGCCGACGCUCGAACGCUGACCGGAUAUGUUACGCAGGAGGUCCGGAAGGGAAAGAUGCUUGCGGAAAAGAAGCCGAGGGGCCAUCGUUUAGUGUUGAUAGUCCGCAACAGGCGCCAGGGAAGUUGGUUCCAGCGAAAGGUUUUGAAGGAGACGAAGGCAGAGAUGUUACGAUUGCUUCUUCCACUGUGGAGCGUGAUUUAUCAUCUCAAUCGGUCUCGCCUCCACGCAGAGGGACGAGUGCGUCGAGGAGGAAGGGGAGUCUGCGGGAAGGUUACGGAAGUCCUCCUUUUCUUGAGCCGACAAAGGGCUUCCCUGGAGUCGCGACUGCGGCCGUCCUCCUUGGCGACGCUGACGCCACAACUUCGCCUAUCACGAGAGACAGAGACGCUUUUGUAUUCAGAGACCCAAGUCCUUUUGCAUCUCCUCGCCCUCGCUGGUCUGCGCCUUUGAAUGGACCGAACGAGACGGCACCAGAGCCAAACUCCGUGACAGUUGUGGUAGACGUGGAUGCGUCUUCCCCGUCCCUCACCGUGUCAGCUGGCUCUUCCUCUUGCAGCAGCGGUCUUGCUUCGUUUCCCCAUCGUUCCUUGACACCUCGCCUUUGCUCGUUCCCUCACCCGUCCACCUCAGUUGAAAAAACAGUUGAUAAAGAUUAUUUGAGGUCAGGCUUCGCGGCGGCAACUGAUGCCUGCUCGGCGGAGACGUCGAGCGCCCCUGGACCUGGUGCAUUGCCAAACUUCCCAACUCACGCCUCACCGUCUUCUUCUAUUUUGUCUUGUGGGCUGAAUUCCUCGCCUGCGGACAGUUCUACGUCCCCAAGCUUGAAGCCCUAUGACGGAGCCGGGGAGACUACGAACGAAGACGCUUGCGUGGAAGUCUGUGAAGAGCCGUUUUUGACGCAUACUCCCCAGGCGGAGAAAAGCCGCGGGAGGAGCCAAGCCGAGGCUCUGGAUGCUAGCACUCUGUCUCCGACAACAGUGACGCAGAAAGACCUUUUUUCGCUCGAGUUUAAGUCUCCCCGAUCGCGUCAUGCCGCCCUGGGGCGUCUCUCGACGUGGGUGGCGGCCCCGGAACCCAAUGCGGUCGAAGCCAGAGAGAGCGGCCGCGGAGACAGGAAGCGGGUUGAGGCGCUGGAGGCGCAGAAAGGAUCCUGCGGCCCGAAGAAAAAGGGCAAUGCCUCGUUGACGCAGCGCACCCUUGACCAGUAUGUCGGGAGGACCAGAGCGCAGGUUCGGGGUCGAGACACAGGCUGCACUGCGAGGAAAGGAGGCUCUUCACCAUGCGUUUCCACCGCCUCGCCGCCACGCCUUGCCUCAUCACCUCCGGGGGGCGCGGCGACUUGCUGGUCUCGCGAGUCCCCCGACAAGAAACGGCGGAAGCGAGAGGCGGAGCGAGGCAGGGAGGAACAGACGAAGCGAAAAGCAGACCAGCUGCAGAGGUGUACUGGACGGGACUGCACGCAGGCGGUUGGCGAUCGACAGAGCCGGAGCGGAGGGAAGAAGGAGAAGCAAGGAGGAGAGAACAGCGUCUCUCUCGUCGUGGUGGAAACACCGGAAGAGGAGGACGACGAUACCGACGUCGAGGAGGAAUUUGUCAUUCUUGCCUCGCCGUUUCAACACGAGGCCUCCAGGCAGUCUGCGCACGAGACAAGGCACGAGAACGGGUCGUCGCAGGUUGCAGAGGCGGACGAGUUCUAUCAAGGAAAGGAACCCCAAAUGAAGACAGCACUCAACAAGUUGACGACUCGGAGUCUAGCCGUAGACGAUGAUCUGGAGGAAAUCCCUGAAGUGAUCCUCGGUGCCGGUCUCCCGGCGGAGAAGAAACAACCUUUCGGUGUUCAACCGGAGCCCAGUGACAACGCAGACAAAGGACGGAGCACCUCAGACGUUGUGGAGACGAAGGCAGCUCCUCAAACGGCGGCAACGCGAUGGUCCUGGGUGCGUUUCGACGACAGCGAAGUGCGUCCCUUUCCCUUGCCGCGCCCAAGUUCUUCAGACCUGGAUUCGUCAGCGCCCCGGUCCUCUUCUGAAGGCUCGCCUCGUUACCAAACACCUCCGGGGGGUUGCGUCGUGUCCUCGGUUGCUGCCGCUUCUGGCGCAUCGGCCUCCUCGUCUUUGUCUUGCUCUCUUCUGGCAGAGGAAGGAGAGUGGCGACGUGCAACGCCAGAAGCCGAGCGAGUGGGGGCUACCAGCAGGGCGCCGGUGGGACGCUCCUUUUCCGCUGGGCCGCUCCGGAUCUACAGCCGCACAGUCUACAUGGUCACCUACAUCAGGGCUGAUCUAACUGCAGAGGAGACAGACAUGCCGCUCCCUCGUGAGCUACAGGACUUCAUUGAUGAAGAGAAUGAACGAAUCUGCGAAGAGCAAGAAACUCUGUCCAUGCGACAGCAGACCCUCUUGGCUUACGUGCAGCAACGGCAGGCAGCGCUCCAGCAGCUUCUCCGUCACGCCUUGCCCUCAGCGUUGAAGGAGUUGGAGCAGCAGAGACUAGAACGGGUUCAGAAGGAGGCGCUGCACGGUGAGGUGGUUCGCGCACGACUUCCUUCUCCUGUGUGUGAGAGGAAUUUGGUGAAUAUCCAGCAGCGGCUGUCUCUGCUGCCGCAGCUGCGACAGCUGUCCUUCAUUCCGCGGUCCUGGUGGCAACAGUUUGUUCGUGGCAUUGACUACCCGACGAUGUCGACGUCUCUGCCGCCUUCGCUUCUCCCGAGAAGAGAUAGCAACAAUCGUAACGGGAUCUGCAUGGUUCCUCUCACCAAGGCUGAGAACGGAGACGGCAACAGGCCAGCGAGAAAGAGGAAGAAAAACAAUGCAGAGCAACGAGGCGCGGCAGGCAGCAGCCGAGAAAAGAGCGAGGACGAGCUAAGGGAAAGGGGGCGACUUGGAGCUCCAGGUGAAGAGCACGCGACGGCUGGAGAGAGUGAACUCGAGGGGAGUGCAAAUGCUGGCGCGAAGAAAGAAGCGAAAGAAGAGGAUUUGAGAGGAUUGAGCAUAUGCGAGGUUCUGGAAGGGGAGACGCGUGAAGGUAGGCAGCAAAGCCGUAGCGCCAUGAAGAGCGAGGAAGCAGCGAUAUCAGGGCAUCGACAGCAAUGGCUCCAGACAUCAGGCGGUGGACGGGACGCUUACAGCCGAGCUGCAAAUGCCCAGGAAGAGGUGAAGGCUUAUCGCCAGCUAGAGCAGUCUUAUGCCGACGGUGGAACGACGAGCGAGGAGACACGAGAAGGUCGCGAUGGCGACGCCACUUCGCCAGCCUGUCGCUCUGAGAAUGACAAGGAGAAGGGCGUCAUCGAUUACUCAAGCAUCCUCUGUCCCCAUUAUCGCAACGCGCUUGCGGCUUCCAUCUCAUGCUCGCCUGCCGCUGCCGGAACCGUGGUGUCGCCACAAGAUGCCUUGGUCACAUCCUCGCUUUCCAUGCCUGCUCUUCCGUUAAACGCGUCCUCUUUCCACGAAGCACACCGGCCUUGGAUCUUCAACUCCAUCAGCGAACCAGAUGAAGAGAAGCUGCUCGCAGAGCCGUCUUACCCCAUCGAGAAGCUUUUGCGUGUCACGGAUUUUUGUGGCGAGCGUGGAGUGGAUCCUCUCUCGAUUUGGACCGGGGAGGCGAAGGCUAUUCCCACUGCGCUUUUCUCGGACCUCCUUGCGGCUUCGGCCCUUCGGCCUUCCAUCCCGGAUCCGUCGUUGCUUCCGAAUCUCUGCAGCGUCUGCAGCGCGGCUCUCAGCGGCCUUGUUGACUUUUACUCUGAGCAACAUCGCUCCAUCGAAGCCAUUCUCGAGGCGCUAAAGAGACAGAAAACGAUUCCAACGGUCUGCGAGGAGACGCCGGUCUCUCCGGAGCUUGUCGAGUCCUCCUCUGCAUGCGCGAUUCCAAGUUCAACAGCGAAUCUUUCAAGUCCGCCAAAAGAAGUGACUGUCUCAUCUACGGCCAACGGCGAAGCAGAUAGAGCCGAGGGUGUGCACCUGCAGUUCGUUCACGCUGGGGGGGACGGGGACACUGCGCCUGCUCGUUCCGAGUCAAGUCAGGAAACGGAGAAGAACCAGGAAGAGACAAUCCAUGCAGAGGUUCUGCCUUCUAUCGUGGUGCCUUUACCGUCUCCUGACGACGUGCAUCUGCGGUCUUCGUCUCAAGAACCUUCUGCCUCGUCUGUCGCGCCUGGCGACCAGCAGCAAGGUGGUGAGAAAGAGGAAACCCAAGGAGGCAGACAGAUUAGCUGCGUUGCCAGCCCGUGUGGCGUAGGUGCUCUGUCGCCGAUCGUCUGCGCAGGCGUCGACGAGGUUCCCGAUUCUUCGAAGGUGGCGCCUGUCCAAGACGCGGAAGGAAACCGCCAAGUCUCUGUCUCUUCUUCCCAAAGCAGAGUUGAGGGGAGUGGUCCGGAUAGCGGCGACAACCAGCGCCUGGAGACUGAGGAGCCUUUGUCUCCUCGGAUUUUGAAUGAACACGAGACGCCUGCGACGGAUCUUCUAGGGUGCUGCAUUCCGUCUGCGUCUCUCUCUUCUUCGCCACGAGCCGCCGUCCCCGCCUUGAAUCCGUGGGUUCUCGAACAUACGGCGACGCUUCCAGAGUUUAUUUACGUCUCGCGUCGGCCCCUUCAGAGGGCGUUUUCCCUGCACUCGUGUUUCCUCACACUCUGCACGCUUCCCACAGCCUCCUCACCUGCGUCGAUUCCUUUCUCGGCGUUGCUGCCUUCUUCGUCGAGUCCUCAGUCGCGAGAGUUGAAGGUGUUGCGGGCAAAAAUGAAGCGAGAGGGAAAAGACAGCAGAGAGAAAUAUCUCUCUUGGCUUACCCUCAGCGACGUGCGUCGCGAAGUGACUCUCGGACGAAAGCUGCCACAGGGCGACUCCGAUCCAAGCAGGGGAGUGAAGCCCCCGAAGAAGGACGCCAGGAAGGAUGGCGACUGGGAGCGGGCAGAGGAGGGAAUCGAAGAGGGGGAAGCCAGCGAUGGCGACGGGACAAACGACGGAAGGAGAAGGCGAAGAAAGAAGGUCGAGGACGAGGAACAGGGCGAGGAACAGGUCUGCGGGGACGAAGACGUGGAGGAUGUCAACAUGGAUGACGAAGGGGAGGAGUCGGCUUCUUUAGGGUCUUUGUUGCAUGCAGAAGACGAGGGAAACGCGACGAAAAAAACGAGAGUCACACGCGCAAGGAAAGCCGUGUCUUCUCCCCCUGGGGCGAAUCGCAAGGCGGUGGCGCACACACUGCAUCGGGCGACAAGUCGGCCGCGCAGCGACCAUAAGCAGGAAGAGAACGAAGACUUGGAGGAGGAAGAAGGAAACACAGAGGAGGGUCAGGGGAACAGUCAGGAUGCGCACACCGGUCGCGACAAUGUCUUCGACUUCGCCUCAGAUCUCCUCUGCUGCCACCAAAAACUCCGUAUUCAAGGAGCCGUUGGAAAAAGCAACAAACUUCAGCGUUUCUUGGUAAAUAAAGUGCCGACGGCCGCGAUUUUGAACUUUCUGUAUUUCGAAAGAGAGAAGGCCGUCCUGUACCGGGAACUGGGAAUUGCGAAUCCUGUUACCUUCGACUGUUCGACGUUCGUCAGCCAAUACGCUCAGGAGUGCUCGAUCUGCCUUACGGAGCAACAGGCGGAGCAGCAACGGAGACAGGUGUGGCGGGACAAAAGGAACGAAGAGUCAAAGGCCUUGGGGCAGAUCAUUGGAAAGCGAUGGCGGCUGAGGAAGGAAACGGGGCCGGCCAGCAGACUGGCUACGCCCCUGCCGAAGAAGGGCCGGUUCUUUUUUGUCAGCACAGAGUGGCGGCACCAGUGGCUCUCCUACGUUGCUUCGGGGUGCGAGACAGAGGGUGUCACGAGUAAACCUCCUCCACUGCUCAAUUCUUCGCUGCUCUGCGACUGCCCGACUCGUGGCCUCAAGGUCGACCCGACAGACACGCUUCUUUCUCCAACCUUUUUGGCGGAUCCUCCGGAGAGUGAAACCGACACUUACAUCCUCGUUCACGAAGACGACGUUGACUUGCUGGAGCGGUUCGGCCUGACGGGUUUCAAGACGGCAGAGAACCUGUCGAUGUGUGUGGAGGUCAAGCAUAUUCCUGGGGAGAUUGCGAGCUCGUUGCUGCCUCCGUCGUCUUCCCCGUCUUCAAGGCUGGCUGCGUCGCCCUGCUUUGCCGGCCCGGUCCCUGCCUUUUUCUUCCCCUCUCUCGCCCCGUGCUCUGCAUGCGUCCGUACCCACCGCAUCGAGCAAGGCUUCUACGAUUUCCCUCCAGUAGACCUCUCGUUCCACCUUCGUCAGAACAGAUGGAAUGGAGACGCCCCGGAGGUGAAGAGCGAACCGGAGACCGUGCGCGAGGCUGGGCCAGGGCGAGGCAGGGGCAACACAGGAAACGGCGGUCGAAGACAAGCGAGUAGUCGCGUGCUCGGGCAGAAGAAAAUUACCGUUCGUGUCAGUGGCGAAACAGAGAUUGCGUCGCUCCUGGCGCAUGUCGUCGCGAGCAUGACGGAGGCAGAGGAGACGAAAGAAACGACAGUAUACCUGGAAGGGCCGCCUCGGCAUGUCUUCUACUUCUCUCCAAAGUCUUCGUGUCUCUCCGUGUCCAUACCCGACGCGGGACCUACUGCCUCGCCUCCUAAUCGUUCUGUGUAUCCUUCGACAUCUCCGACCACCACAGAUACGCUCCCGCGCACGGCUCCAAGUCUGAUCUGUAACGCCGCUGCAGCGCAUUCACCUCCCGCCGCCCCUCGUCGUUAUUCAGGUCACCGGGAAGAGGGGAAGGACACUCAACUUCUAGGCGAUCUGUGUGACGGGCGGGCGGUUACUCGUCCCCUUUGCUUGUCGCCGUCAGGAGCAAGACAGAAGGAGCGUCACGAGAAUCGAGAAGCAUGCGACGUGCUCUGCCUGGAGCGUACUGAAAGGGCCACAACGGAAAAUGAGGCGGAGCCAAGAGGAGAACGCGAAUCACAGAGCCAAGCAGAGAUAUCCACGCGUCCUUUGGUUUCGUUUGUCGACGAGGAGGUAGGGAAGGCAGUUAAGGCGGACGCGUCCGGCACGCGUGUACGGCUGCCCGAAGAAACAUACACAGGGAGCGAGCACAGCGGGAUUACCCUGCGCGCUGUUUCUCUUCCCCAUUCGUGCUGUCUCUCGCUGGAGGUGGAAAUGAAGACACAUCUCCGCGAUCUCCUUCUGUAUGUCAAUGAGGCUUGGCAGGUGUCCUACGAAUUCCAGGAGAGCAGACAGCUGGACGAGGUGAGGCGGGAGAAGGCAGUGAGAAAGGAAGCAGAGGCGGCGACAGAGGACGAGGCGGCACUCGUCUCCGUCGCCCUGCAGGAGGGGGGCUUUUUGGAGGCCGAGGAGGGAACGCGUCGAAGACAGGCUGAUCGCGAAGCGACAGAGAGAGUGUUGGAAAUCCAAGAUUCUGAAAAAGAAGAUGACGGCGGAUCCGCGGGGGAGGCGUCGCAGGUGGAAGAGUGUGUUGAGGUUCAAGAUGCAUCGACGAGCGCUGAGAAGCUGGCACGCAAGCCGCUUUCACCACUGCCGGGAGACUCUCUUGUCAGAAACAAACGAGAGAGAUCAGAGGAACCCGAACCCGUUGACGUCCUGACGGACGGUGAGGAGCAAGAAGAGCUAGCACAGUCAGACCAGAAGAAAAGUCGUUUUGCCACAACUCACCCCACCAGUCAGGGACUCUGCUCGCUUCUGCGGGGAGAUGGCAAGUGCGACAACGGGACAGAAAACAGGAGAAAGACAGCAGGAAGAAACAUGCCAGCCCGCAGGAGCGACAACUUGACUCAAGAACGUGAGCUGCGGAGACCCCAGGACACACGCGCCGGGCGAAACCAGAGGGGCAACAGGCAGCACGCUUCGUUACUUGAAGACCCUGGUCCGAAAACAGGAGUCCCGGGACAGCCGGAUACCACCGGAUGCUUUAUACAUCAGCAGCUUCACAGCUCGACUGGAAAUAUGAGGCAGGACCGUACACCAACAGAGACUAUCGUGCUCCUUGAUGAUGACGAGGAUGAUCGAGCAGCACCGUCUCGCUGA